AUGUGCAUGAUCUCGGGUUUUGAGAACAAGGCUUUCGGCCACGGGUCGACAUGGUCGGAGAAAAUCGAUGUCUACGCUUUAUCAAAGAGUAACUCGGUUUUGGCCUGUGGUUUCCCACGGUCGCGAUAUCUUAAGGAGAUGACGCUGCCAGGACCGCACUACUGGAGAAAUGUUCUGAUCAUCGUUCCCAUUAUCGGAACGGCUAUUGCAACAAUCUUUUUCAUCCUUCGUCUUUGCUGUCGCUAUGUCGUGGCUCAAAAGUUCCGCGUCGAGGACCUUCUGAUGGGCAUGGAACUGUUGUGCACGUACCGCGUUGCCAUCUGCCAGGUAUACUCGGCGAUACAAGGCAUUGGAAUUGGUCAGUCAAUAUGGGCCUUGCCCCGUGAGCAAAGAUUGCGGAUUACACUGGCCAAUUGGAUACUUCUUAAGUUCUGGCCCUCUGCCCAAGUCUUCGUGAAAGUCUCGGUUGUGUUAUUUCUUCGCCGACUGUUUGGCCUCAACAAGCGCUUUCGACAUGCCGCCACGACAGUCAUCAUUUUCGUCGUUGCCUGGGGGCUGACUGCCAUAAUUGGAAAUACUUUACAAUGCUGGCCAGUCCAAUAUUUCUGGAUUAAGCGUAUCGAGGGACACUGCAUGAGCGGACAAAACACUUUCUUCCUAGUCAUCGGGUCGCUGUCAGUGGUGGAGGAUGUGGUCAUUCUCUGCCUCCCCUUACCAAUAGUGUGGCGUCUGCACAAUCCCACAAGAGAAAAGAUAGAGAUCACGCUACUGUUUUCAAUGGGAUGCUUAGUCUGCAUUUUCAGCAUCCUAGGACUAGUGGGGCUCAAAUACUACCAGACCGACAAUUUGAAUGUGAGCAGCUCGUUAAAUUUGAUUUGGACCAUCUUGGAAUUAGACAUGGCAAUCAUUUGUGGCUGUCUGUUACUCAUAAAGCCUAUAUUCCAACCUUUCAUGGGAAUCAUCCGGAAGGGCAUCACAAGACUGAGCGAAUCCUGCUUCGAUGGCUCUAAAGGAAUGAUCAUGGCCAAGUCUUCAUUUCGCGAAUCCGGGACGAGCGAAUUCGGUAUUCAAGAAGUCGCCGCGGCACACAUUCGAAUUCGCAAGAGAGAUAACGAUGGGCUGCCACUUCGGCGUGUAGCAGAGUUCCGUAUUCCUGAUUUUCAGGACGACAAGGACCGUCCACCGUAA